CGCCCCGUCCGCACGGCCGCCCGCCUGAGGCUGCAGAGGCGCAUCCCGGGCGCGGCGCCCUGGGCUCGGAUGGCUCAGCGCUCACGCUGAGGGCCGGACUCCAGGGGUCCCGAGCCCCGGAGCCCGGCGGGGACGCUAAGAGAGGACACCCGGGGAGGACGGAGCGGAUCGUUCGAAGAUGGUUUGGCUGCCUUGGCGAUCUGGAGAUCUGAUGCCACGAUGAGGACUCACACACGGGGGGCCCCCAGUGUGUUUUUCAUAUAUCUGCUUUGCUCUGUGUCAGCCCACGUCAGUGACGAGAACCCGGAAGUCAUGAUUCCCUUCACUAAUGCCAACUAUGACAGCCAUCCGAUGCUGUACUUCUCCAGGACGGAGGUGCCAGAGCUCCAGCUGAGGGCUGCCGGCUCCCAUGAGCACAUUGCUGCUCGGCUCACAGAGGCUGUACACACCAUGCUGUCCAACCCCUUGGAGUACCUCCCUCCCUGGGAUCCCAAGGAGUACAGUGCCCGCUGGAAUGAGAUCUAUGGAAACAACCUGGGUGCCUUGGCAAUGUUCUGUGUGCUGUAUCCUGAGAACAUUGAAGCCCGAGAAAUGGCCAAAGACUACAUGGAAAGGAUGGCAGCGCAGCCUAGUUGGUUAGUGAAAGAUGCUCCUUGGGAUGAAGUCCCCCUUGCCCACUCUUUGGUGGGUUUCGCCACUGCCUAUGACUUCUUAUAUAACUACCUGAGCAAGACACAGCAGGAGGCAUUCCUUGAAGUGAUCGCCAAUGCCUCAGGCUACAUGUAUGAGACUUCAUACCGGAGAGGAUGGGGGUUCCAGUACUUGCACAACCACCAGCCCACCAACUGCAUGGCCUUACUUACUGGAAGCCUCGUUCUGAUGAACCAAGGAUACCUUCAAGAGGCCUACUUGUGGACCAAGCAAGUUCUGACCAUCAUGGAGAAGUCGCUGGUCUUGCUGCGAGAGGUGACAGAUGGCUCCCUCUACGAAGGAGUUGCGUACGGCAGCUACACCACUAGAUCACUGUUCCAGUACAUGUUUCUUGUUCAGAGGCACUUUGACAUCAACCACUUUGGCCAUCCAUGGCUUAAGCAACACUUUGCCUUUAUGUAUAGGACCAUCUUGCCAGGGUUUCAAAGAACUGUGGCCAUCGCAGACUCAAAUUACAACUGGUUUUAUGGUCCAGAGAGUCAAUUAGUGUUCCUGGAUAAAUUUGUCAUGCGUAAUGGCAGUGGAAACUGGCUGGCUGACCAAAUCAGAAAGAACCGUGUGGUGGAGGGUCCAGGUACACCAUCGAAAGGGCAACGCUGGUGCACUCUACACACGGAAUUUCUCUGGUAUGAUCCCAGCUUGAAAUCUGUACCGCCUCUGGAUUUUGGCACCCCAGCAUUGCAUUAUUUUGAAGACUGGGGUGUUGUGACUUACGGAAGUGCACUACCUGCAGAAGUUAAUAGAUCUUUCCUUUCCUUCAAGUCAGGAAAACUUGGGGGGCGUGCAAUAUAUGACAUUGUCCACAGAAGCAAAUAUAAAGACUGGAUCAAAGGGUGGAGAAAUUUUAAUGCAGGACAUGAGCAUCCAGAUCAAAACUCCUUCACGUUCGCCCCCAAUGGCGUGCCAUUCAUCACUGAGGCCCUCUAUGGGCCCAAGUAUACCUUCUUUAACAACGUUCUGAUGUUUUCUCCAGCUGUGUCUAAGAGUUGCUUUUCUCCCUGGGAGGGUCAGGUCACGGAAGACUGUUCAUCAAAAUGGUCAAAAUACAAGCAUGACCUGGCAGCCAGCUGUCAGGGGAGAGUGGUUGCAGCUGAGGAGAAAAACGGGGUUGUUUUCAUCCGGGGAGAAGGGGUAGGAGCAUAUAACCCCCUGCUCAAGCUGAAGAACAUUCAACGGAAUCUCAUCCUCCUACACCCACAGCUUCUCCUCCUUGUGGACCAGAUACACCUGGGAGAGGACAGCCCCCUGGAGACGGCAGCAAGCUUCUUCCACAAUGUGGAUGUCCCUUUUGAGGAGGCAGUAGUAGAUGGGGUUCAUGGAGCUUUCAUCCGGCAGCGAGAUGGUCUCUAUAAAAUGUACUGGAUGGAUGAUACUGGUUAUAGUGAAAAAGCAACCUUUGCCUCAGUGACAUAUCCUCGGGGCUAUCCCUACAAUGGGACAAAUUAUGUGAAUGUCACCAUGCAUCUGCGAAGUCCCAUCACCAGGGCAGCUUACCUCUUCAUCGGGCCAUCUGUGGAUGUCCAGAGCUUCAGCAUCCAUGGAGACCCUCAGCGGCUGGAUGUUUUCGUAGCUACCAGCGAGCAUGCCUAUGCAACUUACCUAUGGACAGGUGAGAACGCAGGGCAGUCUGCCUUCGCACAGGUCAUUGCAGAUCAUCAGAAAAUUCUGUUUGACCGGAGUUCAGCCAUCCAGAGCACAGCUGUCCCUGAAGUGAAAGAUUAUGCUGCUAUUGUGGAACAGAAUCUGCAGCGUUUUAAGCCCGUGUUCCAGCUGCUCGAGAAGCAGAUCCUGUCCCGAGUCCAGAACACAGCUAGCUUUAGGAAGACUGCUGAGCGCCUGCUUAGGUUUUCAGAUAAGAGGCAGACAGAGGAGGCCAUUGACAAGAUUUUUGCCAUAUCCCAGCAACAGCGGCAGCAGCGAGGCAAGAAGAAAAGCCGAAGGGCAGGCAAGCAUUAUAAGUUUGUGGAUGCCGUCCCUGAUAUUUUUGCGCAGAUUGAAGUCAAUGAGAAGAAAAUUCGACAGAAAGCUCAGACUUUGGCACAGAAAGAGCUGCCCAUAGAUGAAGAUGAAGAAAUGAAAGACCUUUUGGAUUUUGCUGAUUUCACAUAUGAGAAACAUAAAAAUGGGGGUUCCAUGAAAGGUGGCUCUGGACAGGUGCGGAUGGUGACAAGUCUCAACAGAGCCCCUUCCCUGUCGGCCUCCUACACCAGACUCUUCUUGAUUCUGAACAUUGCCAUCUUCUUUGUCAUGUUGGCAAUGCAACUGACUUAUUUCCAGAGGGCUCAGAGCCUCCAGGGCCAAAGAUGUCUUUAUGCAGUCCUCCUGAUAGAUAGCUGCGUCUUAUUAUGGUUGUAUUCCUCCUGUUCUCAAUCCCAGUGCUAACACCAAAGCCAUGAGCAUUUUAUGAUCAUGAGAGUUCAGGCAAAUACAUAUAUAUAUAUAUAUAUAUAUAUAUAUAUAUAUAUAUAUAUAUUUCCCCCAUUUGUUAUAACUUUUCCCCCAGAUUUAUUUGGAAAAAUUUAAGGAAAGACGUUUUCAUACUUUUUAAAAAAAAGCAGGGUGUGGAGAACUCUGAACUGGAAAGGAUGUACCUAAGGUUUGAGAACAGACUUGGCUGUCCUCUAGCAUUUCUGGGAGUGUUUGGCUUUGCUGACUGACCAGUUCCUAUUAGAAGAGACAAAAUAUCUGUUCUUUAAGACCUAUUUCUCUUAAUAUAAACAUAAAAACAAUUUAUGCAGACUUGGACUUUAUUAAAAGGUAAAUGAUUUAUGUGAUCUGAAGAGAAACCAGAGUAUAGAACUCAACUUUAUUAUCAUUAACUUAAUGCUCCUUGAAGCUUCCAGAUACUGUUAUGGGACAGACUGACACACAUAAUUCCAAGUAAUACAGGCUUUUAAAAUGUAAACGAUGGGAACUGUUACGACAGGGCUUGGGACUAUUCAAAUAACACGAUAAAAUGUUGGCAGAUCAUAAAGGAUCUAAAAGAAUUUUUAAUGGAGAUCAUACAAAUGAAUAUUUCUCUGAUGGUGUUGGUCAAUGCAGGCAUGUGAUUUGUUGCUUUUUAUACACGUUCAUUGGAUUUUUGAUAAAUAAUGCAAUAACAGGUAAUUUCAUAUUAUAUUUCCCUUUUAUAUAAAAUGUUUGUAGACCCAAUGGUUAAAGUUAUCAAAAUAAACUAUUUUGUAUCUUGACUCUCAAUUCCAAAGAACAUGGGAUUAAAAGUUUUGGUGUGAUUCUUAAAUUUUUACUAGGAAACUUUCUUCAAGUUUAUUUUGCUAAAUAAAGCAGUCAUAAUUACUA